AUGCCUUCGGAUCGUCGGGAAAGGUCCGGCUCGGCGGGCUCAGGCCGGAGCAACCACUCCAGGGCCAGCUCUUCGAUGGGUCUGGACGGCGGAGAGGCAGGCCGAAAGAUGGCGGCCGAAGACGAGCUGAUCCGAUCCGAGCUUCAAGAGACCAACGCUUUUUGCAAUGCCUUCUGGGGCUUCAACGACACAGGCUUCCCCGUCGUCCAGAGCCGCAUGAAGGGCUCAGCUCGGGUCGUUGAUGAUCUCCGUGCCCUGUACAAAGAGAGAGCUGAAAUCGAGGCAGACUACGCCAAGAGGCUAUCCAAGCUGGCCAAGCAAAACUUGGGCAAAGACGAGACAGGUUCGAUGCGUGCAGCAAUUGAUGUUGUACGGAUGGAGAUUGAGACGACUGCUCGCACUCACUCAGACCUGGGUAGUCUGAUUAGAAAAGAUCUCGAAGGGCAACUCAGCGAGUUCUCGAACAAGGUGCAGGCGCAGCGCAAGAAUGCGGUCGCACAGAUCGAGAAGCUGUACAAGCAGAAGCAGACACAGGAGUCGUACGUGGCAAAGUCGAGAGAAAAGUACGAACAAGAUUGCAUCAAGAUCAACGGCUACACAGCUCAAAGCAGCUUGGUGCAAGGCAGAGAUCUUGAAAAGGUCAACAGCAAACUCGAUAAAGCUCAGGCGACCGUCUCGGGAAAUGACAAAGACUACCAGAACUUUGUGCGGGCUCUCAAGGACACGACACAUCGGUGGAACACGGAGUGGAAGGCCUAUCUUGAUCAAUGCCAAGACGUCGAAGAAGAGCGGCUGGACUUCCUCAAGGGCAACUUGUGGAAUUAUGCCAACGCUAUCUCGGCCGUCUGUGUCGCCGACGAUGAGGGCUGCGAGAGAGUACGCGUGGCCUUGGAGUCUUGCGAAGCGCCAAAGGAUAUCCUCCAGUUCAUACAACGCUCGGGCACGGGCGCUGCUAUUCCAGACCCCCCGGAAUACAUCAAUUACGGCAAGGGUCAACCGCCGCCCGCUAGACCUUCAUAUCGCAUGGCAAAUUUUCACCGUUCAACCACGAGGCCGCAAAAUUUCAUGCCGCAAGGUCCACCGCCGUCCUCGCAGGCUCCUGCAGCGCCGCAAGGCCAACAGGGGGCAGAAAUGGCUAGGAGCGCUUCAGCUGGUCCUAUUGGCGAAGAAAUGUCGCGAUCAAGAAAAAGUUCUUCUGGUAGCCAGUUCCCGCCUCGUCAACCUCCCACUCAACCCGAUGGUGGCGACGACCCUUCUUCCGCAACGAGUCUGGGCACUGUGCCUUUGCAGCCUUUCCGUCCCCCACUCGGCGCAGUGGGUUUGCCCAGUAUGAUUCAGCAACCAAGUGAUGAAGCACCUAAAGCAGCAACCGAAAACAUGGUGCCUCAGGGAGAGCCAGGCGGUGCGAAGGACGCUGCGAAGAUGGAUAAGAGGAUGUCGGCGCGCAAUUUCCUUGCGCGAACCCCCUCGAUGACUGCCCAGUCUCGGGCCGGACCCGACACCCGCUACCAGCAGCAGGGAGGAGAGUCGGAAACUGGAGAGCAAGGUGCAGAUGAUGUGGACCCUAUCGCCAAGGCGCUCGCCGAGCUUCGAGCUCGGCCCAGCCCAAGAAGCCCGGCUGUCAUGAGCCCAGUGGGCGGAGCCCCUCCGCCGAUUCAGAAGAGCCCACGGGCACCGCUCAACAACCUCGGAGGGCCCGCAGGGCCGGACGGACAACAUGGGUCCACGACUUUCUCGACACAGCACCCUCAAGGGCGACCUCGUUCCCCCUCGGCUGCCUUUAUGCAAGCGCCCGAGAGAGCAUCCUCUCCCAUGCCUGUUGAAGAGGUCCUGGACCAAUACGGCCAGUCUUUCCCCGGUGAGCGUCGGUCGCUCUCACGGCAGAAUUCGACGGCAUCGCACCGCACUAGUCAAGACCUCCGUCCAAAGAGCCCUGCGCCUUCAUCUGAUCGACCGGCUCCAAGUGGCUUUGCUGGCGUGGGUGCGACAGGGAGGAGCCCGAGCCCUCAGCCACUUGCUUCGAGUGGCUUUGCCGGCGUCGGUGCUCGAGGCAGCAGCCCUAGCCCUCAGGCAGGUAGCCGUCCGCCGGUGCGGACUCCCACUUCGCCUCGUAAGCAGAACGCAACAAGCCAACAGAGUUUGGCACGACCGACAACACCUCUGGGCAUUUCUCUCGAUGCCAGCGGCUCAGUCACCCACGACGAGAUGGCUGAUCACUUUCGAAGAUCUGGUAGCGUGGGCCCUGGUCAGCAGGGCCAGCAGCGGUCAGGUUCUACGGUCAACCCGCCUCUCCCACACCAACAACAGCAGUCGCAUGCUGGCUAUGCAAACCACCAGUCGCAGUCAUCCAUGACCAGCCAAUACACUGCAGUCCCUCCACAACACCAUCAGCCGCAUCAACAAUAUCAACAACAGCAGCUCCAGCUCCAGCAUCAGCACCACCAACAGCCAGCCUACACGCACCCUGACCCGGCCCCGCCACAACAUCAGUCGUCAUUCAACACCGAUUCCGGAGCACCCCGCAGUCAUGCUCAUGCUGGGCCUCAGUACAGCUAUGGUGGCCAUCCGCAAAAUGCUGCUCCGUUCCACAGCCAGUCCCCUGCUCCUCAGCAUCAGCACGUGCAGCAGCAGGCUCCCCCACAGGCGGUCUACGGCCACCAUCAAUCACCCUCGCAGGCUGCACAAUCUGCUUAUGGAUUCAGCCCACAGUAUCCGCAAGGCGCUCCACCCCGGGUCCAGGAAACGCCUGCGCCGUAUCAGUACCAGCAAUCACAAACUCUGCCGGGUCCGUCACCAUCGACACCAGCUCCUAUGGGUCAGUAUCAGCACCAUCAAGCACCGCAGAUGCAUCCCCAGCAACCGCAGCAACCGCAGCAACCGCAGCAACAGCAACCGCAACCGCCGCCGCCGCAACAACAGCCACCGAUGCAGGCCCAGACGCUUCCAUCCCAGCAGCAGCAAGUGCCGCAGUGGGGCAGUCAGCCUUAUGGAGGCGCGCCCACACCCGCUCCGCAACAGAUGGCCGCACAGCAACAGCCGGCGCCACCCACUGGUCAAUUCAGCGACGCUGGCAAGCCAAUUCUCUUCUACGUCAAAGCGCUGUAUGACUACCAGGCCACGCUGGAUGAGGAGUUCAACUUCACCGCUGGCGAUGUCAUUGCCGUGUGGGAGACGAAUCCCGAUGGGUGGUGGCAGGGUGAGCUCCUCGAUGAUGCGAGACGAAGGCCAGGCUCGAACACCUUCCCGAGCAACUUUGUAUCACUGCUCAACUAA